UUCCGGUUUGGUUUUUCCGACCUUGCCCUAAGAAGCAGCAGGAUCAGAACUGAGCGGUGUUAAGUGAAGUCAUGGGACUGAUUCUUUUUUGCUGGACUGCUUCGCUUUUGUACCAGCAGAUUUGUGCUGCACCAAGAGAUCAUGUCUUUAGACAGAGACCCCUACUGGAAAUAAGUAAAUUCUGGCAUAUCUCAGACCUGCACAUCGAUCCUACCUACCAUAUCACGGAAGAUCACACCAAAGUGUGCUACUCCUCGAAGGGCUUCCCUGCAUCCGACCCAGGAAUCUUUGGAGAUUUCAUGUGUGACUCUCCUUACGAGCUAAUUCUGUCUGCCUUCAGUUAUAUGAAAAGAGUGGACCUCGAGCCUGAAUUUAUUAUCUGGACUGGAGACAGUCCUCCACAUGUGCCAGCAGAGAAGCUGUCCACAGACACUGUGAUUAAUAUGAUCAGCAAUAUGACGCUCACCAUACGGCAGUUCUUCCCUCAGCUGCCAGUGUACCCUGCCCUGGGCAACCACGACUACUGGCCACAGGAUCAACUUCCAGUGAAUGAAAAUGACAUUUACCAGGCUGUAGCCAGAAUUUGGUCUCCAUGGCUACAACCAGAAGCCCUCGUUACUCUACGUAAAGGGGGCUUUUACUCUCAGCUGAUUAAGCCUGGACUCCGGCUGGUGAGCCUGAACACAAACCUUUACUACAGUCCCAACAAAGUAACGGUGAACAUGUCUGACCCAGCUGGUCAGUAUGAGUGGCUGCAAGACACACUGGAGCUUUCCAAACAGAACAUGGAGAAGGUCUAUGUGAUCGCUCAUGUCCCAGUUGGUUACCUGCCAUAUGCUAAAAACACCACAGCCAUGAGGGAGGGUGAUAACGAAAGACUUGUGAACAUAUUCCGCAACUACAGCGACAUUAUUCAGGGACAGUUUUAUGGUCACACUCAUCGAGAUAGCAUGAUGGUUCUUCUGGAUCGUAAAGGGAAGCCUGUUAACUCCAUCUUUGUGACACCGGCUGUGACCCCAUACAGAAGUUUCCUAGAGCAAUAUUCGAAUAACCCUGGUGUCCGCAUGUACCUCUACAAUUCCCAAGACUAUGGCUUACAGGAUCUUUGGCAGUUCUACUUGAACCUCACUGAAGCAAAUCAGGAAGAAAAGCCCAAUUGGAGACUUGAAUACAUCAUGACCAAAGCUUUUGGUAUCACAGACAUUCAGCCAGAAAGCCUGCAUGAACUCGCACUAAAGUUCGAGGCACCAGAAAGCAAAGAAUUCCAGAAGUACUUCACUUACUUCAUGGUCAGUUACAAUGACACUGUAACCUGUACAGAGGAGUGUAAAACCAUUCAGGUCUGUUCUGUGCACUUUUUGGACCACGAGUCCUAUUCAGAGUGUCUACAAAAGGUCACAGGUGGUGACUUUUAAUGGAAAAGCCUUUUUGGAUUUUUUUUUAAUUAACUUGCAAUAAAGGGAAUAAAUCUGAGCCAUUCUGCUGGUAAAGGGAGUGAAUCUUUUAGUUUACAGGUAUUCUGUUCUAUACAACUAUUACUGGCAGCUAAAGACUUAUAUAUCAUAUGAAAUAUGACAGACUGGGUAUGUUCUUUGCGUUUAAUCUAAUUUCAUCUAUCCAAGUUGCCAAAUUGUUCAUUUUAUGGACAUUAUUGAUACAACUGAUUAAUUUAAUAAUAAUAAAAAAAGAUUUAUUGUACAA